AUGAAUCAUAAAAAUCCGAGCUAUGAUAUCUUUAGUAAUUCUAUAGAGUAUGUUAUUAUGUCGAUACACUUUAUAAUAGUCCUAAACAGACAGGGUAAGACGAGGCUAGCAAAGUGGUUCGAUCAAACUACUACGUCGCAAGAUAAGCAGCGGAUUACUACGGAAGUUCAUAGACUCAUAUCAUCAAGAGACUCAAAAUACCAGUCCAAUUUUGUUGAAUACAGGCAAAAUAAGCUAGUUUACAGAAGAUAUGCUGGGUUAUACUUCAUUUCAUCUAUUGAUAUGACCGACAACGACUUAAGCUACUUAGAGUCAUUGCAUUUUAUGGUAGAAAUAUUGGAUACUUACUUCAAUAACGUUUGCGAACUUGAUCUAGUGUUUAAUUUCUAUAAACUCUAUGUGAUAAUUGAUGAAAUAUUCCUUGCAGGCGAAAUACUGGAGAUUUCGAAAGAGAAAGUACUAGAUAGAUUGGCCCUGUUAGAUAAGUUAGAUUAG